AAAAGGUCCGUGGAGGGGAAAGAAACAACAAUGACUCCAACUCUCUGAAUGAAACGGCGGUGACUGCUAGGCAGCACCACCGAGAAAAAUGAGGGCCUUAGGAUGGAACUGCCGAAGGCUUGGGAACCCUCGGUCAGUUCGUGUGUUGCGCAAUAUUGUGCAACAAUGGGAUCCCGAUUUUGUGUUUCUUUCAGAAACAAAGCUGAGAAUGCGGAGUAUGGAAAGGAAGAAAAGGAGUAUUGGUUUUACUAACGGUUUAGUUAUUCCAAGCCAUGGAAGAAGUGGAGGUCUGGCUUUGUUGUGGAGAAAGGAAAUUAACGUUGAUGUUCAAAGCUUCUCAGAUAGACAUAUUGAUGCCAUAGUUACUGAAGACAAGGGGUUUAAAUGGCGAAUGACUGGUUUUUAUGGCAACCCUGAGGUCCAUAGAAGGAAGGAAUCUUGGGAAUUGUUAAAAGUUCUUAGCAGAAAGUUUCAGCUCCCCUGGCUAUGUUUCGGGUAUUUUAAUGAAAUUGUGUCGACUUCGGAGAAAAUGGGAGGAGCUCGAAGAUCUCAGAGGCAGAUGGAUGAUUCUAGGGAAGCUAUUGACUGCUGUAGGUUUAUGGAUCUUGGAUUUUGUGGUCCGGAGUUCACUUGGUGCAAUAUGCAAGAAGGUCGACACAGGAUGUAUCUUCGGCUGGAUCGGGCUCUAGUUACGCAGGAUUGGGCUGACCACUAUAAGGAUGUGAGAGUUCAUCAUCUUGUGGAAUCGGUGAGUGACCAUUGUGCGCUUUUGAUCACCGACUCCAUUGUUUUGCAAAGUCCCCGGAAAAGAAGAUUUCAGUUUGAAGCAAUGUGGACGAGAAGAGAUGAGUGCAGGGAUAUCAUCAGGGCAGUGUGGAAUGAUAGUGUAAAUCUCUAUAGUCCGAAUGGCAUGGUGGCAGGGCUUAAGCAGUGUGCUGAUGAUUUAUCAAGGUGGAACGGGGAGGUCCUUGGUCGGGUUCCUAGGCAGAUUCAGAAUAAGAGGAGAGUCCUUAAUGAAUUAGUGUUGAGAGAUCAUGAUGGCAGCAAUGGUUUUGAAAUUAAUAAGAUUAGAAAAGAGAUUAAUGACUUGCUGGACUGUGAGGAGAUAAUGUGGCAACAAAGGUCUAAGGUUCAAUGGAUGGGGCUGAGGGAUCGUAAUACUAGAUACUUUCACACAAAGGCCUCUGAGAGGAAAAAGAAAAAUACCAUCUCUAAGAUUUUGGAUGAAAGGGGGAUGUGGAGAGAGUCUGCCUUGGAGAUAGCGGAGGUGGCUGUGUCUUAUUUUGAGAAGUUAUAUAGGACUUCCAAUCCCGAUAAGAUUGCGGAAGUUGUUGAAGCUAUUGAUCCUAAAGUUUCAGCCGAAAUGAACCAAAGUUUGAUCAAGCAAUUCACAAGAGAGGAGGUUGAGGCAGCCCUGAAGCAGAUGCAUCCGUCCAAAUCUCCCGGCCCAGAUGGGCGGCAAGGAUGGCAGUGAACAAAAGACAGGGUGCUGAAAAUGGUGGGUGGUCUCCUCCGCCGCCUGGAGUGUUCAAGGUGAAUGUUGAUGGGGCGACUUCAGUGGAUGGGAGAAACUCUAGUGCCGGGGCUGUCAUCCGGGACUCUUGUGGUACGGUCAUUGCUGCUUGCUGCAAGUAUUUCCAAGGCCAUUUUUCAGUUGCUGAAGCAGAAGAUCUUGCUGUGGAGUGUGGAAUCUUACUAGCCCGUGAUAUGAAGAUACCUCAAGUUAUCAUUGAAUCUGAUGCAGCAUCCAUUGUUAGUGAUAUUAAUGACAAGGUCGUGGAUGGUUAUCUUGGCCAUUUGUUCCAAGGAAUUUCUGCUUUGCUGAGUUCUUUCUCAAGCUGGAGAAUCAAACAUGUGAAAAGGGAGUACAACAGAGUGGCCCAUGAGUUAGCCCAUAUAGCUAGAGAUAGUGAAUCUAAUCACAUGUGGGUGGGAGUUCCUCCUCCUGCGCUGUUAGAGUUGAUUCAAGCUGACUGUACAGGGUAGUUUAAUGUUUGUAUUUCUGUUCUCUCUGUUGUAAGUCACUUUCAUUUUGUUUGGUUGAAUACAGAU